CCGGAAAUUGCCGCUUACUGUUUGUAUUUAUCGCGUGCAGUAGUUUUCUUUCAAAUGCGCAUGCGCCAGUCAUUCUCUUUCGCGAAAAGAUGGCUACCACUGCAAAACAAGCUAAGACCGAAGAAAAGAACGGCGCUGAAAAUGCCGAUGAACAGGCCGACAAAGAACAACAAGAGGCGAUCGAGCAGAUAGACGAGGUUCAAAAUGAGAUAGACAGACUGAAUGAACAAGCUAGUGAAGAAAUUUUAAAAGUAGAACAGAAAUAUAACAAAUUGCGCCAACCGUUUUUCCAGAAGCGGUCUGAUUUAAUAGCUAAAAUACCAAAUUUUUGGGUAACAGCU